GCCACUAAGAACUAGACGAGAUCCUAUUUAUUUCACCCCCGAGGAGGACGCGGCAAUUCUACGUAUGGAAGCCGAAGGGUUGGAAUGGAGAGAAAUGGCUAGGAAUAUGUCAAAUCGAGGCGAAGACAGCGUUCGGUUGCGGUUCCAGAGGAUUACCUAGGAUGGGCGAGCACAACCGGUCAAAGUCAGAUGGACCCCUCAUGAGGAUGCAGUGAUCAGUCGGAUGGUGAACGAGGGCGAUCGCUGGCCAGACAUUGCUGCGCAAAUGACUGGUCGCACACUUGAAGCAUGCCGAUUUAGGUACAACUACUAUAUUUGGCCGCGAGAUCAUUCGCGCACUCAUCGAAGCCUGCUUCAACCUGCAAUUGCCAGUGCUGGGGCUCAAAAUGCAGGCCACCAUGCUGGUCGCAGCUACUCACCUCUUCUGGAACAGUCGCCUACUCGCCCGCGAUCUCUUGCUCUGAGUGACGUUCCUGCCAGGCCCGGUUCUCGAGUUGAGAUCCGCUCGCCCUCUGAAGCCAGCCGCGUUCCAGCAGCUGGCCUCGGCCGGCCGUCGUCACGGCAAAUGCAGAUACCAAGACCAGAGCGACCACGCAGCCGGAGUGGGUCUCGUGGUCGUGCGAUGUUGUAGUACCAAGCUGGAAGAGGCGUAAGACCAAUAACGCCAAGCGGACUACAAUAUAGGACCGACGUGGUCGCAGCAGGGCACCGUCGCCAGCAUAUUAGUGGAGAAUACGAUCAGAGAUAUGCUGCAAACAGUCAUUCAACCGAGGUGGACAUGCAACUCAGCAUCGAGCUUUUCCUUGCUCAACAACUUACAAUGCAGUGACGUGCUCCAGUAGUGAUCGCUCAUGCCGAUGAGAAGCGAUAUACACUUCUCCGUCAUCAGAUUAUCGUCAUGAACUUUUUCAUUUACGGGC